AUGCCUAGCGACUUCAUAACAACCAUCGACUCCGAUGACGAAACGCCAAACUACGGUGAAUCAAGUGUGCAGAAGGGUAAAACACCCGUGAAGAACGACGAGUUAGAUCCGGAUUUCGAAUUUGAUUUCAGUGGAGGGGGAAGGGAGACUGGUCUGGAUUUGUGGGGAGGAGAUGAAGUCAAAGGAUUGAAGAAUGGUACAGAGCCCAUCAACGUGGAUGACAUUAUCGCUAGACGGAGAGGCAAACCACUCGAAUCGUAUGCUGAUAGGAAACGCAAGAGGAAGGCUGUCCUCGAAGAAGAAGAAGAGGAAGAGGAAGUGGAGAGCGAGGAUGAAGAUGAAGGGUCUGAGGAUCAGGAUGAGGGCGAGAGUUUAAGUGAUGGUGAUGAAGAUGACGAGAUGUCUGUUGAUGCUUCUGGUCUUGAGAGUGGAUCCGAGGAGGACAACGAGAACGACGAUGAGGACGACGAUGAGGAAGAAGACGAAGAAGAAGCAGGAUCCUCAUCUGACGAAGAUGAAGAGACUGCUGCCGAAUUAGCACGAAAAGAAGCUUUCUUCGCCAAAGAUCCAACAUUCACCGAUGAUCCCACUUUACCAAACUCCUUCUCAGCUAUGAAUCUCUCUCGACCAUUGUUACGAGCUCUCACUUCCUUGCAACUCACCUCACCUACCCCUAUCCAAGCCCGAGCCAUACCUUUGGCCUUGCAAGGUCGAGAUAUCUUAGGUUCAGCCGUGACUGGUUCCGGUAAGACCGCAGCAUUUAUGAUACCCGUAUUAGAAAGAUUGUGCUACAGAGAUAGAGGGAAAGGAGGACAGGCAUGUAGAGUACUGAUUCUCUGUCCGACAAGAGAGUUGGCGGUACAGUGUGAAGCAGUUGGUAAAGCCUUGACUGAAAAGGGUGGAUUGGAUAUAAGGUUCGCCCUGUUAGUUGGUGGAUUAUCAUUGAACGCUCAAGCUCAUACACUUCGAACACUUCCUGAUGUACUUAUCGCUACACCCGGUCGAUUGAUCGAUCAUCUCACCAAUACACCUUCAUUCACCCUUUCAGCUUUAGACGUGCUGGUCAUCGACGAGGCUGAUAGAAUGUUAGAAGCUGGUUUCACAGAUGAGUUGGAAGAAAUCAUCAAAGCUUGUCCUAGAUCAAGACAAACCAUGUUAUUCUCUGCUACCAUGACCGAUUCAGUGGAUGAAUUGGUCAAGUUGUCAUUGGAUAAACCAAUUAGAGUAUUCGUGGAUCCCAAGAGAAAUACCGCGAAAGGGUUGAUUCAAGAGUUUGUUAGGAUAAGAUCGGACGAUACGAGGUCUCCCAGUUUGUUGGCUCUGUGCAAAAGGACGGUCAGAGAGAAGUGUAUCAUCUUCUUCAGGAGUAAAGCGUUGGCACAUCAGAUGAGAAUUGUAUUUGGAUUGAAUGGGUUGAAGGCUGCAGAAUUACAUGGUAAUUUGACACAGGAGCAGCGUCUCCAAGCACUUAACGACUUCAAAGCUGGAUCGGUUGAUUAUCUUCUCGCUACCGAUUUGGCUUCUCGAGGUCUAGAUAUCAAAGGAGUCGAAACGGUAAUCAACUACGAUAUGCCAGGACAAUUAGCCCAAUAUACACAUCGAGUGGGACGAACUGCAAGAGCAGGUAGGAAGGGUCGAUCGAUCUCGCUAGUUGGGGAAGCAGAUAGGAAGAUGUUGAAAGCUGCUGUGAAACAAUCGGAAGCUGAUCAAGUUCGACAGCGAAUCAUUCCGGCUGAAGCUGUCAAUGCCAUGGCAGAGAAGCUGAACGAGAUCAAAGAUGAGAUCCAAGAAGUCUUGAGAGAGGAGAAGGAAGAGAAGUUGUUGAGACAGGCUGAUAUGGAGUUAAAGAAGGGUCAGAAUAUGGUCGAGCAUCAUGAUGAGAUUCAUUCGAGACCCGCUAGAACUUGGUUCCAGAGUGAGAAGGAAAAGCAGAAUGCUAAGAGUGUAAGUAAAGAAGCAUAUGUUGGGUCAUUCCCCGAUUCGAAAGACGCCAAGAAAGCCAAAGAGAAGGAAGGGCCCAAGAGAGGUAAAUAUGAUGGAUUAUCACGAAAGGCCAAAAGAAGAAAGAUGGCUAUGGAAGAAGAUCAAGCGGAUCAACAAUCUUCGAAAUCUACCGCAAUGGCUAUUCGAAAUGCCAAGAAAGCUGCUAGACCAGUCAAGAUCACCGAAGCUUUACCUAAACCCAAAUCCACCGCGAAGAAAUCAGGUAAAGUCGGAGGUGGUAAGAGGAAAUCUGCGUUUGAUGAUGAUAGUAAACCAUCUAAGAAACAUGAGGGUAUGCGUGCGAAGCCUACCAAAGUAAACUUGGAUAAGAAGGGCAAAGGUGGCGAAGGCAAGAGCAAAGCGAAACGUAGAUAA